AUGGGCCACAAGUCAAAGUUCACCUUCCCGGUGCCAGGGUGGAGGAGCAAGCAGCCAACAACGGCAGCACCACCACCCCCAACAGCCUCAGCGCCAAUGACAAAGGCGCAGAAGAUCCUGGGGACUGGUGGGAUUAACAUCGACUCUCCAGCAACAUCCAAGGGCGACGGUCUGAAGCUGCCAUGGGAUUCAAGAUCUGGCAUCAGUAUCUCGAUAUCGGAGAGCAGCGCCAGCUACACAACACGCGAUACGGGCCUGGGCAUACUCGACGAGGAGGACGAUGGGACACAAGGCACAAGUUACGGACGGGGCGGCUGGGAUGCUGAAUCUGAAAUUAUACCUCGACACCAUUUGGGCGUCGGCAAGGGUCUGAGAGCGCAACGGUCUGCCGCCACUAUCGGGAAUGACUACAGGACAGAUGCAUCUAGUGUCCAACGACGCCAAUCGAAUGCCUCGUCCUUUGCGGGUCACUAUGACCGAAGCAAGGUCCCUCUGUCUGUUUCCCAGCAGACGUCGGCUUCGGCAAUGGCGAAAGGAUACACAAGCAAGGCCCACUCGUUACUCGACAUGGACGGAUCUAUUGCAGGGCCCAUGGGCAAGAAGAAGAAGCCUGCGAGGCUAGACCUCUCUUUGCUCAAGCCGCGAAGCCGCAAAGAGCAACAUUCGCAACCUGCCCCAGUGUUGGGCAACAACUACGUCAUGCGGUCGCCCUCCUUUGUGUCACAAAUGUCACCAGCAUUACCAAGUGCUGAUUCCGAUACUCCCAGAAAGCUGACCAAGGUGCAAUCGGCAGGGACUACUCACAGUAGCCCUCGUGGACCCAAGGAUAUGACAACCCUGAGUCAACUGUAUGAACAUUACGAGCAGAUGUCCUUCCGAGGGGAGCACUCGCCAGACCAGGAAUAUUCUUCCCAUUUCGACACUGUCGUGGAGGAGCCUGAACCUACGCCUCCUUUAACGACCGCGUCGACACUGACGCCUGUUGUGACCCCCUUGUCCAACCCUGUGAUACGUGAACCGAACAGACACCGGGCUCACUUUAGGAAGGAUUCAUCGGGCAGCCGAAACACUGUGGUUUCUGGCAGGAGCUCAAACUCACUUGCUUACCACGUUUCGCCGAGGCAGGAUUGUGCAUCCAGCAUAUCCAGCCGCAACACCCGCACGUCCAAGACGUCGCGUACGAUGGACUCAGACUUGCAGCAGAACAGCGUACUAUCUUUAUCUGACUCGGACUCUGACGAUGCAACAUUCAGUGAUUCAGCACCAAAGUCUUCCGUGUCGUCUCACACAAACAUGUCGUACGAGGAUAUCAGCAGCACAAAGGAUACAAGGAAAGGAGCCCUGGGUAAACCCCCUGUAAUCCAGGAGAGGGGAUCCAGUAAGUCGAGACAGGCGGCCUUUACGCCGCUCAACGACUAUCUUGCCAUUCCGACUCCCGGCAGUAGAACCCACAAUGCUCGUGUUCCUUCGAGUAGCACUUCCAGAUCCCAGUCGUCCUCAACAAGCACGGCCACUGCUACGGGGAACUCAUUGUCCGGAUCAACUCGUGGAUCUAGACUUUCCGUAUCAACGACUGGUACAUCUGAAUCCACACACAGCAGCCGUUCAGGCUCCAAAAAGCACCACAAGCAGGACAACGGGCUACAGGAAGCAAAGGCCGUUACCUUUGCACCAAUGGCGUCUACUGCUGAGGCCCUCCACUCGCUAUCUGAAAUGGUCGCACAGGAGACGGAACGUCAUCGGCUUACUCAAGGAUCGGAUCAACUUACUCCUCCACUUUCACCAUCCAGCGUAGAUUUCUACAUGGGUUCACCAGAGCGCAAGAACAACGUAUCAGAUGCCGAGCGCGAUGCACACAAUGCGAGGCUCAUGGCAGUCACCAAGCAGGAGGAGAUGCUUCUUGCGGCACUCCGUCAGAAGCGCGCAAGAAUGCGGGAAAAUAUCCUCGCGGAGAUCGAAAGUGAGAAGAGCACAACAAUGAGCGGUAGCCGCAAGAACAGUGCAAGCAGUAGCACCCGCGGAAGCCAGAAGUCGGCCAGAAAGACCAGUGUUUCUUCUAGCGCACCGCAGCUCCCACCUUAUCAGCCACGAACAUCGUCACUCGUUACAAGUUUCCGUAAUCUGACAGAAGGGAGCGAGGCCAUAUCUGGCCGAAAGAACGAGAACAACGUUCGUUUUGCCGAUGAGCCAGCGACCAGCGGCCGCAGCGAUCCUGUCGAAAAGCGGUCCAGUUCCGCACUCAGCAAUGCCACAAUUAAGGCAACUCCAGCUUCCGGCCGCCACGAGCGCGUGUUGAUGUUCCUCGACCGACCCUUGAACGACAUAGACUUCAUCGAUGCCGCAGAGCCCAGCCCUGACUUGAGUGAGUUCAUGGACUUUGACCAGGAUAGCGAUGGGGAGAUUGUGCCUGAGAGGCGCCGCAGCAGAAGGCGGUCGAAGUACAUGAGCAUCUACGGCAGCUCACAACCUGCCGUCGGCAAGCGGGGCAGUGACCGUCCUCGGGUAGAUUCGAACUUGUUCGGACCCCGUGGCACGCCCUUGCGCUCCCAGCUUGAGAACCUUCCAGAAACGAACAUGGAAGAGGACAUCGAGAUCGACUUUGAUGGAUUCUCAGACGUCAUGAGCGUCGCGAGGACCGAAAAGUCCGCCGGUGAGCGCACCAGAGAGCAAGGUGUCGCUCGCCCGGACAGUCCAGUAUCUGGCGGGCUCCUGAAGGGCCACAUUAGAGGCAAGAGCAGCGCCGUUCGUUUAAGUGCCGUUGGCCACGCUGGCCUGGUUCUGCCACCUGAGGCUGGCGUCUGGGGCGAUGAUGGCUGA